GCCAAAUAUGGCAGCUCCAGCUUCCAAAACAGUCUUUAACAUGACAGGAGUAUGGCAAAUCGUUAGUACGACAUUGGUAGUACGCUAGAAGAUUCAUUCCCUAACAUUAUUCAAGAACCGAGCUCUAUCAGAUGAUAUUGAUCAAAUGUUUGCACUGGUAAACAGUGUCAUAUUUCCCAUAGCCAAUGGUGGCUGCUAAGAAUUGUGUUCUUGAUAGCAAGGUAUCUCUUGGCUACUGCGCAAGUUAUUAGCUUUCACUACCGUUCGACUUUCAAUGAAACAUAGAAACCAGGAUCCUGAUGGCUCUGGCCCCCAUACAAACGAAGAGAAACCACCCAUCUCGACCAUCCGCGUAAAACAGACUGUUACUCCUGGAAACUUCAAUUCGGAGGAUACUUAUAUCCUAGACUCGGUGGCCCGAGAACACACUGUCCCAAUAUUUGGUCGUAUCUCGGUUCAGGCAGAGUAUAGCUCUAUUUCGAGUAUUCCGGACGCUGAAGUGCUCGUCAGUACGCAGGAGAGCGGAUCACAAACUGUGAUUUUGGACAGGGUGAAGAGUUUGGGAAAUGUAUGGUCGACCAGCUCGGUGUGGGGAUUUGGGGAGAUUGGGGGUAAAAGAUAUCACACGAGACACAGUGUAACGAAGAAAGGUGACAAGGAACUGAGAUUGAGAAUUGUUUAUGAUUUUGUUCGUGAGCUGUGA